AAGGUCUUGUAAAGUGAAUUCCACAUUUGCUAUUACCUCAACUUUACCGUAUCACCUUUCGUUAGCCUAAUACUAAUACUAUAAUAAUAUAAUAAGAAAAGUAGGUAACUUUAUGGAUCCACAGUUAAUAGAAGAGAGAUCGUAUUGCAGGAAGCUGACACCGUGGUGCAACGUCGUACCCAGGAAUGAUUUUUAUUGUCGGUUUGAUAGAUGGAAAAAUCUUGCAGAAGUUCGUCCCAGUAUAAAUAGGUAUAACAAAAAAUAUCUUAAUCUUUUGGAAAAUAUGGAUGAUACACAGACACAUCAAACUGAUCUAGCGCAAAACAAUUCUGCUUCAUCUAGUGCAGAAAAUGAAACGGGUCUAUUUAGUUUUCCUCAGAGUCAGACCGAAGAGGAAAUGAGGUUUUGCAAACACUGUCAAUAUCAAGCUGAAGAUUGGCCUGCUUUUUCAAAGCAUGCAUUUACAUCAAGUCAUCUCCAGAAAAUUGCAGAAGCGUAUAGAAUUCGGCUGUCCGCAGACCCUGUUUCAAAUACUUUUACUUGUGAUACCUGUGUUGUUGAAUGCAUUGGACGCCAAAGUUGGGUUACGCACUUGUUAGGGAUAAAGCAUAGGAAGGCUUUAGAACAGAUAUCUAUUGCCAAAGCAGAAGUGAAAUCUGAAAUGGAAAAGUCAGCAGGUCCAAUGAGGAAUAUUAACCAGUUUGGAAAUAUGAGAUAUAACCAGUUUGAAAACAGGAAACCAUAUGAUAGGAUGCAAAGACCCAGUUUUGUUCCUUCAGUUGCAGCACAAGAUUUUGCCCGAUACCCAGAACCACUCAUAGGCCUGGAAUACCUGACAGAGAUCCAGGUUGCUGGACAAAAUCCGCGCUAUGAAUGCUCUCUUUGUUACGCGAAAUUUGAUCAUAAUCUCAAGUUCCCUCACUUGGUUGGACAGAAACAUCGGCUAAAUGUUUUGAAACGAAAGAGACCUGGUGCUAUUAAGGGAGUAGCGAGUAAGAAACGCUCUGAAAUCACUUCAAUACUCAUCCGGGAAUCAACUAGUUUGGAGCGCGAGGAAGGACGACAGCAAGUGAAAACCAAAGUUCAACAGCCAUCUCCUAAUGCACACAGUACUCUUUCAGGUCAGAGCCGCAAUACUAGAGGAGUUACUCUAAGCGAGACAUGGAACAAUCGAGGAGCAUCAAGAGGAGGAAAGGUCGGUCGAGGAAACGCAAGUUAUGCAUCCAGAGGAGCUUGGAACAAGAGAGCAGUGUCACAUCCUAGAGGAGGAUAUAACAGCGGACGGGUAGAAUCAUUGGAAGCACAUUCUCAUUCAUAUACGGGGCCUAGUGGCCCGUAUAAUCACAAUACAUUUCAUGAUUCUUAUGCCUACCAGUCCUAUGGUAUGAACAGCUCCAGUUUUACCAACACCUCCAAUUUUAACAACACCUCCAGUUUUAACAACACCUCCAGUUUUAACAACACCUCCAGUUUUACCAAUCCUGGUUUUGAUCGUUCCAGUCACAGCGGAGGUUAUAGUCAAAGCAGUGUCCAAACACAUUCAGGACAAGCAUACUCUGACAAUGCCCCUCAGUAUCCCGGCACUGGGUUUGGUUAUUCGGCACCCCCACCUCCAGAGAAUCCACAGUUAGAAAGUAAAAGCACGCCUCCUAAGCAGGGAGUUGAAACUCCCAAGAAGGAAGGAAUAUCCACGGGUUUAGCUGGUGUUCUUGGUGAUUUGUCAAAACUUGUCCAAAAUGAGGACGAUGCCUCCGUGGCUCUCCACGUCUCAAACGCUUUGACGCAAGCACUGUUGCAGUAUAGAAUGGGAAAUGAAGAUAAGGGCGAAAAUUAAUCUUUUCAACAGAAAUUGUUGCGUGAACAUUUGUUUGUCUUUAUAACCAAAACAUCUACCAAUGUAGUUAUACUUAGUUUUGUAAAUAUUUUAAUAAAUGCUAUACAUUUUCGAAACGUUUUUACACAUUUUUUUAUUCAUGCAAAUGUCGAACGAGUCGCUGGAAAUUAAAUUCGAGCAUUUGUUAUGGCCUUAAGCUUGUUAACUUUUGUGACAUAUGUAUUUUAUUUAUUAUUUUGAUGUAAUUGUUCCAUUGUCAAUCACAUGCAGUUCUUUCAUGAAUGUAUUUCUAUUCAUGAUUUAUAUGCAGGGCAGAGCUACAUGAUCCUCCCCAUCUGCCUUGCCAUAUGAAACUCCUUUUG